UGUCAUAUCAGUGAAAUGGAAAUGCAUCGAACUCUUGAACUCACAUGGUUUUUCUUUUCUUUCAGACUACCUGGCGGCUUCACCCAGCUGAAAAACCUAACGGUGCUGGGACUCAAUGACAUGUCCCUCACCAACCUGCCUUAUGACUUUGGAUGUUUGGUGAACUUAACAUCAUUAGAACUGAGAGAAAACUUGCUCAAGGGACUGCCUGAAUCUGUCUCCCACCUUACGAAGCUCGAGAGACUUGAUAUCGGAGACAAUGAUAUUGAAGAGCUGCCUCCGCACAUAGGGGAUCUGCCAGCCCUGCAAGAGCUCUGGCUGGACCACAACCAGAUCUCCCACCUGCCCCCCGAGACAGGGCGCCUCAAGAACCUCCUGUGUCUGGACGUGAGCGAGAACCGGCUGGAGGACGUACCUGAGGGCCUAGCUGGCCUUACCAACCUCACAGACCUUCACCUCUCGCAGAACCUCAUUGAGAGCCUCCCAGAUGGCAUCGGGGCCCUCACCAAGCUCGCCAUUUUCAAGGUGGACCAGAACAGGCUCAUGACCCUUAACCCCAACAUUGGGAAAUGCGAAAACCUGCAGGAGCUCAUCCUGACAGAAAAUCUGCUUACAGAGCUCCCAGAUACUAUAGGCAAUCUCACAAGACUCACAAAUCUUAAUGUUGACCGUAACAGAUUAAGUGAUCUUCCCCCACAAAUUGGGAAACUGGUCAACUUGGGGGUUUUGUCUCUCCGGGACAAUCGCCUGCAGUAUCUUCCACCAGAGACAGGCAACUGCCGUGAGCUUCAUGUCCUCGACGUUUCUGGCAAUCGGUUACAGUACUUGCCCCUGACUAUCACAGCUCUUAACCUGAAAGCAGUAUGGUUGAGUGAGAAUCAAGCCCAACCAAUGCUUAACUUUCAGACUGAGGUGGACGAAGUCUCUGGCCAGGAGGUGUUGACGUGCUUCCUUCUCCCGCAGCAGGAGUACCAGCAUGAGAGUCUUGAGUACUGUGGUAUGGCUGGUAGCGAGGGCAGGCUGUACCGCACUGGCGACCUGAGCACCGAUAAUCUGACCGCCAUCGGCCCCGCAGUAAAUGAAUGGGCUCCUGACGACGACGACAGCUACGGGCUCAACGAUCAGCUGGAGGUGUCAAGAGUGUCCGUGGUCAAGUUCAGGGAAGAACCCGAAACUGAGGACGGCAAAGAGAGCAACUUUGUGAGGCACAACACACCACACCCACGAGAUCUCAAGGCCCGAGCGGAAAAACUCUUUGGCAAGGGAGGCAAGACAAGUGACGGACCGCUGGUUACUGCCGGAGAGCUCAUGGACAAAGGUGAACCUUUCCGUCCACAGAGAGCAAGCCCUCCACCACCUGUUACGGGACAAACCAAGCAAGAGGUGGUUGAGUUUGCAGAUGUUGAAAUACGGCCAAAAGUACACCAGGAGGUGCGAAUAGAGGCAGAACCUUCAUCAACACAAGACACAGAGCCAGGAGAGUCCAGUGUGGACGACAACAGUCAGCUUGGUGGUGAGAGGCAUGUGGGCUUUGAAAUCGAAGGGGCUAGUGUUGAGCCCAGUGAAGAAGACCAGGAAAACCACGAACGACCAAGUCGACUCCAAAGACGAGACACGCCACAUCACUUGAAAAACAAACGGAUCAGCCCCUCCACAAAGAGUGCUGAUCUGGAGAAAGUUGCUUCCAUUAUUGCUCAGCCCCUGCGAAGUGAAUUGCGCAGACAGCAGGCUAUGCAGCGAGGAGAAGGCAGUGAAGGAGACAGUGUCCAUGACCAUCCUGGAUCAGGUUCCGAUGCUGAUAGUCGCUCCAUAGUUUCAGAAACGGGUCCCACAGUUGUUGUUGAGGUUAAAAAAUUUGAGGUUAAUGUGGAGCGGACCACAGGAGGCCUUGGACUGUCAAUUGCAGGGGGCCACGGGUCAACGCCGUACAAAGGAGAUGAUGAGGGCAUCUUCAUAUCCCGCGUUACUGAUGGGGGUCCAGCCCACAUGGCAGGACUGAGAGUGGGGGAUAAGCUUUUGAUGGUUAAUGGCCGAGAUGUUGAGAUUGUUGAUCAUUAUGAAGCUGUGAAUAUUAUGCGUGAAGCGGGUUCGCAGUUAAGGCUGGUAGUGACACGGGAGGUCACUACUCUUGUUCCAGAGAAGAAGACUGUGAAAUUGGAGCCCAUAGCUAACCAUGUAGUCACCCAUAACAUCACAAACACCUCACCUCCAAGUAGCGUAUUAAAAGCUAGUCCAGAGCAGACUAUGCCACAGGAGAUUACUGCCAACCAUGUAGGGCUACCGGUAAAUGGACACACUGCAAUGGCAACAGUGAAUGGGGAGCAUCCCAAUGUCAAUGGAGACAGAGAACCCAAUGGAGAAAUGGAGCACUAUGACAACGUCAACUCCCCAACGCAGAUCCUCACGGAGACCAUUUACACCACACUUAUGAGGGACCACAAUGGCCUAGGCUUCAGUAUAGCCGGUGGACGAGGAGCUGCUCAGUUCAAGGAUGGAUCUGAUGCUAUAUAUAUAUCCAGAAUAACAGAGGGUGGAGCUGCAGCCAAAGAUGGAAAGUUAUUGGUUGGGGAUAGAGUUAUAUCUAUUAACGGUGUCGAUCUGGAUGGAGCUCGUCAUGAUCAGGCAGUUUCAAUGUUAACUGGCCUUGAAAGAUUUGUUCGUUUGGUUGUGCACCGUGAGACUCUGGUUCCCUCUGGUCAAGGGAACAAUAAUAAUAAUAACAACACUAAAGCAUCCCCACGUGUAUUUGGGGCUCCUCGCCCAUACACAGGCCUGUACAGUGCUGGUUCCUACAUGGCUAACAGGCCAAGCUACACAGGGUAUAGACGUGCUCAGCCAGGUGGCCGGAUAUCAGGCUCAAGUUUACCAGAUACAAAUCACAGUACCACAGGGAGCCCUGGUGCAUCCCCAUCCAUAGCAACCAAGCAGCCACAGCAGAUGGAUGGAGGAGUCAACACGUCCACUGCUCCCAGCAACACCGCAGAAAGCUUCCCUACUGGUACCACCCAGGUAUCCAGCAACAGACCUCUCACUAAUGAUGAUUUUCAGGCUAUGAUCCCACAGCACUUUCUUCAGGGAAAGACACGGGAGGAAGCCACUCCUGGUGUGCAUGUGACUGUCAACUUGCCAACAGAGGAUACCCCUAUGGGGAUGGCUUUCCCUCCACCCCCUACCAAGUUAGGGAAAGUUACGGAGAGUAUCACCAAGUCCACCCUGACUGAGACGGUGUUAACGCGGAUCACUGACAACCAGUUAGCACCAAUGCCACUGGUGGUUGAGGAAGUACAGUUAUUCAAGGAUGGAGGACCAUUAGGCUUAAGCAUUAUUGGUGGAUCAGAUCAUUUUUGUGUUCCGUUUGGCACCUCACCAGAUGACCCAGGGAUAUACAUAUCAAAAAUCACUGCAGGUGGAGCGGCACACAAAACUGGAAAGCUCCGAAUGGGGGAUCGUAUUCUUGCUGUUAAUGGGACAGACAUGGGUGGGGCAUCACAUCAAGAAGCUGUCAUGGCCCUCCUGAAUCCACCCAAUGAAAUUGUCCUUACUAUUCGGCAUGACCCGCAACCAAAGGGACUGAAGGAGGUGAUCAUCAAGAAGCUGGUGGGAGAGCGUCUGGGAAUGAACAUCAAAGGCGGAGUGCAAGGCUCCCCAGGAAACCCCCUGGACAAGUCAGACGAGGGAGUCUUCAUUUCUAAAAUUAACUCGAAUGGAGCCGUGCACAGGGACGGCAGACUGAGGGUUGGACAGAGGGUGUUGGAAGUGAACGAAAACUCCUUGUUAGGCAUCACUCACGAAGAAGCCGUGAACGUCAUGCGCGGGGCAGGUUCCAUAAUCAGAAUGAUCGUAUGCGAUGGCUAUGACUAUCAGCUGGUUCAGCAGAUGAAGGCCGAGGGUCGCUUGGGUCAUGAGUCUCGCAGCACCAGCCAAAGUGUCACGUCUCUUGACAAAGAGGAACGCGAAAAUCCUACACAACCCAAUGAUGCAUCUUCGCUGCAUGGAGACUCUCCCAGUGAGGCAUCAUCAGCACAACUACCACCACCGACUGCCCAGUCACCAUCUCCUCCCCACCAAAUACCCUCCCCUCAACUCACACUAAAAUCCCAAACAACUUCGCCAUCACCCCAACCGCUGCCACGCUCCUCGCACCCGGCACACAAGCAUGAGAGGGUCCCCACCCCUGAUCCUGAGAGAGAGCUGAGCACCCCAGACACAGAUGAUGAAGUGGGGCAUGACACGCCACUUCCCCCGCACCUCUCUGCUCCCCUCUCUUCCAAGGAAAAAUCCACUCCAGAAAUUGUGAUGGAGGUUGUAAGAGCAGCAGAACAGCUGACAUCUCGCCCACCGUCUCAGAACUCAGCAGUUGUGCCAGGGUCUCCGCUGGAACGGAAAACUUCGGCUGAUAAGAAAACUACUGUUGUUUUGGCCAAGCACACUCUUGCUCCACAGACUAGUACACCCAUAGCCUCCUUGGGUCGUGCCAGCACCAAUGGGGGCGAUCUGAGUCAAAUGGUAUCCCCCGUACCCCCAUCUUCCACACCCUUUUCUCCCAUCCCCCCUCCUGUGUACGACUAUGAGGGCUCAACCGAAGACUUGAUGGAGUCCCAAGUGCGGGGACUGGGUGUUGCUAACCAAAUAAACAGUCCGGUGAAGCAGGUGGAAGAGGCACCUAGUGAGGUCCCAAAGAAGAUGACAUUAAAAGACAGAAUGAAAUUCUUUGAAGAUGAAAUGAAAAGGGACAAAGAGACUGCACCAAAAGAAAACAAGAAGUUCUCUUUCCUGAGCCAGGAUGAGGUCGCCAAGAUGAAAGAGGAUGAAGAUCGCCGUGUAGCAAGCAUGACAGCCGACCAGCUGGCCAACCUCUCUCGCCUCGAUGAUGUAGAAGAAAUGGCUGAUGACUUGGCACACCAGUUUGGUGUCACCAGCGAUUAUGACCACCGAAAGUACAACGAACAUGACAUCCUUCAGGGACUCAAGGACGCUGGAGACGAUAAUGCUUUGAGACCUAACAGUGAGAUAGGAGUCAUCAGGACAGCGAAAGCAGAGAGACGGGCCCAGGCCCGAGAGGGUCAUCACAACAAUGAAGAGGAUCAGUUGUCUCCGGCCGACAAACGAAGAGCUGAGGCUGAAAAGAGAGCUGCAUGGAGGCAGGCUCGACUCAAGAGCCUUGAAAAUGAUGCAUUGCAAGCUCAGUAUGUAAUUGAGAAAUACAGUGAAUUAUCUGAUACUGCAAAUGAUAACACUAAUAAUGACAACUCAAUUAAUAACUUCAACAACACGGACCAAGAGAAUAACAUGCCCAGUGUGGGUCGCAAGUGGUCCAAACUGAUAGUGGUCACCAAGCCAAGUGAGAAGACCAUAGCUGAGAGAGACCGCGUCGUGUCUGAGAAAGUUUCGCGCAAGACUGUACCCAUUGUGGACCCCGACACUGGGAUUGUGAGCGUGCAGACCACGGAGACCGUUGAGCGCAUCAUAGAGCGUGAGGUGGAGACUUGUCGGGAGACCUUAAUGACUCUUUCUCUGACUGACUGCGAAAAUGCAAAUGCUAAUUCGGACGAGAUAAUGAAAGCAGCAACAAAAGUGAAUGAUGGGGGAGAGGAAGCACAUGAGAUUGAAGGACAGAGAGCUAGUGAUAACCAGGACAGCCACAGAAAAAAGGUGAAAGCCAACGAGUCCCUGGAUGAUGGUGUAGAUUCUGCUGGAAACUCGACCGAUGACCAGCUUGCUACCAAUGGGGCUACCAUGUCAACGGAUGACUCAGACCAUGAUGUUUCCACGCCUCUACCUCAGACAACUCCAGAUGAAAAUGCAAAUAGUAAAUAUUAAAGGGGUAUUUCCAUUCAUGUUCAGUCUGUGUCUUAAUAUAAAAAGAGAAAAGAAAAAAUUAUACUCCAGUUGUGAUUUGAUUAUAAUAUCUAUAUAUAUAUAUUUAAAAAAUGCUAACAAUCUUCGAAGGACUUAAUCCUGCAACUCUUGGGAUGUCAUUAAACUAUGGUGAUCUAAAACUUCAAGCAGUAGAAUGUGAAUGUUAUGUGGAACUGCGACAUGGUCAGUGAUUGUGUGCUUGAAGGAGUAUACAUAUCAUAGCUUUUUUCUGUGUGGUCCGGUUGGAAAAUGGUUCCUGAGCGUGAAAAUUUACUGUAACAGUCACAUUUCAUGCAGAAAUGAAAGAGGGUUAUUAGGCACUGAUCAUGAAUUAUUUGGGGCACAUUUUUUAUCCAUUUUUUAAAAUACUUUGUGACUCAUUGUCAUUUUUAAAAAGGGUUGCCAAAUGAUUUUGAAAUGAUUUAUGUAACAUUAGCUUUAACUACUAUGACCUGGCAUUUAUCACAUGAUCAUUGAAUAUGAAGGGGGAAAAGGGGAAAUAUAAUUGCCUUAAAAUCAGUUACCACUUGAUUCAGCGUAUAUGAGAGAUAUCUGUUUAAAGCAUUUUAACGGAUGGAUUAUUCAUGCAUUUAUGAUUGGUAAUGAUUAAACAGGCAUGAGUUGUUGUUGUUUUACAUCAGAUCUUUAAGGAAAGUUUGCAAAGCUUUAGCCUGUAGCUCUAAAGCAUUGUCAAGCAGCUUUACUGUUCAGUGAAUGUUGAUGCAAGCUAUAAGAAAAUUGUUUCCAUAUUGUGGAUAUACAAUCAAUAGUUUAUAUUCUGAUUGUCGGAGUUCAUGUGUGAGUGCAGGUGUAAAUAUUGAAUGAGACAAUUAUAACAUAGUUAUUAAGAGUUCUUAAGAUGUUUUGUAAGGAUUUUAUAUUGACCAAUAUCAUGUGAACAUCCAGAGUCUGUCGUGUAGUUUGUACCGGGAAAUAUGAGUGAGCCAAUUUUAAUCAGUUAUGGUUAUUUCACUUCUAAUUUUAAGAAGAUUUUGUUUUUAGAUCAACCUGUUAAUUGUUUAGAUUGUAAUUAUGGAAUUGUAAAGUUGUCAUUUUGGACUAUCACAGUCGCAGUGUUUUAGGUUACCUAGUAAAGAGCCCAUAGUGUAAUUUUUCUAUAACAUGUCGGGUCCACUGGCGAUCCCAGAGAACUUGUAAAAAGAAUUAUACUGCCUCUGUGAUUGAUCAAAGUGUCCUCCUUUCUGUGCAGCUUUUUCCUAGCACUGAGCAAGCUAUGUUCAUACAUAUGAUGAUAAUCUUUUGUAAAUAAAGAGUUAUACCAGAUAAGUCAUGAA